CGAGCGGGCUCCUGUACGUCGCAGAGGUCAUCGAGGAGCACUCGGGCCUCGCAAAGUCGGUCGGCAAGCGGCUCGUCUAUGUCGAGGUCCUUCUCUUUGUGCUCCUCUUUUCGGUUGACGGCCUGCCCUGGCACCUCGUCGCCGUCGGCAUCCUCGCCCACCUCGUCUACCUGCAGAACUUCUCGCGCACCUGGCCGACCAUCUCGCUCACGUCGCCGACCUUUAUCGCCUCGUGCAUCCUCGUCCUCGCGUCCCACUUCCUGUCGUUCCGCCACUUUAGCGCCCGCUCGGACGCGGCCGCCCUCCACGGCCGGUACACGCACUACAACGCGUACGACUCGCGCAGGACGAGGUACGGCGCCGGCCACGGCGGCGCGGCGGGAGGCGGAGCCGGGCCAGAGAGCUUCCUCGACGUGGCGACCUACUUUGCCGUCUGCGUCUGGCUCGUCCCGUUCUACCUCUUCCUCUCGCUCUCGGCCAACGACAAUGUCCUUCCCUCUGCCGGCGAGUCGCGCCGCUCCUCCCCGACCCCGGGCUCGCCCUCGAUCUCGGUCUCGAAGCCGACGCCGACCUCGUCGCCUGCACUCGGCCGCCACCAGCGUCAGCGCUCGUCGAUGGUCAAGGCCGCCCUCUCGUCGGCCUUUAGCCUCAUCCCGUCGGCCCUGCGCCCGGCGACCCUGUCGGCCCAGCUCCCGAUGAGCGACAAGUCGGCGCCGCGGCACGACAUUCCGCGCUCGCCGAGCCCGACGUUCGAGUUUGACGAGCGCAGCGGCGGCCUGCGCGGCGGCGGCAUGGGCGAGGGCAGCUCGAGCGGGUUCUCGUCGGUGGCGGCCGCGAGCGGGGCCAAGGCGCGCCCGCAGCCUCUCCUGCGCACGUCGACGAGCGCGGUCGACAUGCGGCGCCCGUCGACGGCGUCGCACCCGGGCUCGCCCGUCGACCGGUCGGUCGGGAGCCCGGGCCUCGGCGUGUCGCCCGUCAGCUCGUACUUUCCCUCGAGCGCGCCCCUCCCAUCCCCCUCGACGUCGCUCCCCCAGCAGCAGCGGCGCUUCUUCCCUCAGCACCCGGGCGGCGGCUCGCAGCCCUCGUCGCCCGCCGGUUCGCGCUUCCCCUCCCUGUCGGCCUCCCUCGGCCCUUCCUCCUCCGCGGCGCACGCCCCCACGUCGCCCGUCAGCUCGACGAGCGCGCGCUUUCCCCUCUCGGCGAGCCUCGGCCCGUCGUCGGCCUCGCCUACGGCCCCGUCGCGCGGCACGUUCCCGCCACUCGCACCACCGGGCAUGGUCCGCCGCAACACGACCGACCGCCCGGCACCUGCCGUCUCGUCCAUGUCGUCGCCACCUCUCUCGACGAGCGGCUUGAGCCCGAGCUCGAGCGCGUUUGCGCAGGUGGGCGCACUCGGAGGAGAGAACGGGAGGAGGUCGAGCGAGGCGGUGACUCGGUCGGGCAGCGGUGGCGGCGGCGCGCCGCAGAUCAGGAGGAGGGGCACCGUCGAUGGGUACGGCCUCGGUUGAGCUUUGUCGUCGGUUGCAGUGCAGUAUCGUCCUCCC